UCUUAGUUUCAUUUACUUCGUAUAAGUAGAUAAGAGCUCUUAAAUAGAAUAAAAUCGUUGAAAACGUAAAAAUCUACAUCAAAUUGAAAUUUAUCUCGUAGUCUUGCUGAAUACUUGCAUUGUUAAAAUUCUUCGUUGAAAAAUGUUCCGAAUUGGUGGAAGAGCGAUACUUUGCUGUAUUAUUGUAUUUAUCGCUCAAGUGAAUUCGCAUGGUCGUUUAAUGAAACCCGUCAACCGUUCUUCUAUUUGGAGACUGCCACAAUUCAAACCGUUAAACCCACCGAUCAACUAUGACGACAUGCAACUGUUUUGUGGUGGAAUACACCAAAAAGAAGUGGUUGGGGGAAACUGUGGUGUUUGUGGUGAUCGGUACACAGAUCCAAUACCUCGAGAUAAUGAGAUAGGAGGAAAAUAUUACAGAGGAAUCAUUACUGGGACAUAUACGGAGGGAGGCAUUAUCGAUAUUGAGGUUCAGCUUACCCAAUCGCAUUUAGGAUUCAUGGAAUUUAGAUUAUGCACCAGUCCGCUAUCCGGAGAGACUCAAGACUGCUUCAACCAAAAUAUUUUACAAAGGGCUGACGGUCAGGGAACCAAAACAACGGUCAACCACACAGGGUGGUAUAAGAUGCAAUAUCGUCUUCCCGCUGGUGUAGCUUGCAAUCACUGUACGCUUCAGUGGAACUAUAGAGCUGGUAACGACUGGGGUCCUUGUCCGGAUGGCACUGAAAAAAGGGGAUGUGGACCACAAGAAACGUUCCGGGGUUGCUCUGACAUUGUUAUCACACGAAAUCGUUACGAAUAUAUUUUGGUACUGCUGAUAUAGUGGAGAAUACACUAGAGUUAAAAAAUUUUGGUAUUAAUUGGAAAAUAUUUUUUCAAUUUCACUUUCGUCAAAGUAAGAGCUUUGUCGAUAGUGUGAACUAUGAUCUUUUGCAAGGAAACAUUUGGAAAUUGCAUUUGAAGGGUUGGAGGGCCAGAGCUUAGCGAGCCACAGAUCACACGGAAAAAUGAAAUAUCCCAAGGUUAACACAACAUUUUUCACAAUAAAGCCUGUCGAAGUUUCAGCGGAGUUGAGAAAAUAACAAAUUUUAAAGCCUGCAGAAGUUUCAGCGGAGGUAUUUGUCAUUCCAAGUCAAUGUUCAUAAAACUUAAUUCAUCUGGUUUACCUUUAGACGUUGUCAUCUGAUGUCAACAGAGAAGACACAAAAUAGCGACGAGUUAUGUGAAUUGUGCUCUGAUAUAGGAAAAUAAUUGUAGAAACUAAUGAAGUAAAAGUUUUAUCUUUUAUGACCAGAAGCAGCAGAUUCGAUAACUAUACUGUUGAUAGGCUUUCCGACUGUGAAAGAUUGAGAUUAUUUAUAUCGCUUGCUGUUUAUAAAUUGUUAAGACAAAAGAUUUAUAAAAAAAAAUCAAGAAGCAAAUCAAAACCUUGAGUCCUUUCCGUUACAAUACUCCCAUUUUGCUCAAUAUCGUCUUUCUCCUAAUAACCUAAUCGUUUCUCAAAGCAUUUUUUAUGUGCUGUUGUGUAAACUAUACAUAAAAAGUGCCGAGGUAUAGAAGUUUGCCGAAACGCAAUCAUACUAUUUACCGAUAAUGUACGUGCCAAGCCAACGAAUCCACUAACUAUAUCGGCUAAUUCUGCCUCAUUAACGAAAUUCUUUAUGUUUUUCAGCGAACAACUUUGUUCGUAGUUUAUGUACAGAAACCGAGUUCUUACCAUCCAGCAACACCGUUACUUAAUCUCGGUUUAAAGCUACGAAAAAAGCACAUUAGGUUUUUAUGCACAACAUUCAUUUCCCAAAUAGUGUAGAUAAACAUUCUUGGUUAGAACACUACCGUACACAUGUAUAACGUUAAAAUGCAUUGCUUCAAUGACAACACAGUACAGUACAAUGACAACAUAACAUAUAGUCGGUUUUCAAUAUGACGCUCUACCCACCUUAAUGCAUACUAUAGUCCGCACUGUGUUACUUAACAUGUAGGUGUACAUCUACUAUAUAGUUCACAGAAUAGAAAUUUACCUCUCGUUAACAUAAAUCUAUCUCGUGGCGUGAGCUUUAACUUAUUCAGCUCGAAUAUAUAUAAUUGCUUGAUGUUAUGAUAUCUCUUAGAUGUUGUAAGUUUGAGAGUGUUAUUUGUUAUCUAGAGCGUAACAGCUUUAUAAUUACUUUGAAAGUGUUUGUAUUAAUGUUGAUAAUAUAACACCAUAACACCAUUAAUAAUAUAUGUGGUCUGGUUGUUUCCAGGAUAUAUAUAUAUAUCUAACUAUAACGGAUAAUUACACUUAUGAAUCUAUUGGUUAACAUGGGUUUGAACGGUAUGAACAUUUCCACAGAAUCGAUAGUGUAUACGAUGCUAAACCUUGUCAAGUAAAGUUAUAAUUUGAACUUAGAAAGACUUUUUCAAUUAUUGGACCCAUAUUAUUU